GCUCACAAUUCAAGAUCGACGCGUGCUGUCCGGUCUCGGCUGCUCCCAUUACAGCCAGCCAAUACAGCAAGCACCAAGCAAGCAAGUCAACCAAAGCGAACCACCCCACAGCAUGCCAGCAACGAACAGCUGCUACUGUUUUGCUGCCACAAGCAUACUCGUCGCAACGAUCGUUGGUCGAUCGGUUGGCACAGCACAACACACACGAUCACCAACCGUCGAGCCGUGUGUUUUCAUUCGUCGCGUGUUGUCUGCCUCCACUGCUGCUGUGGCUUUCGCUAACUCGGUUAGCUGUGUUUGCCGGUUGUUACACUAACAACAACAACAACAACACAGCUUGUGUUGGUUGCGCAUGCGCGCCGCCGCCACCUCAUCAGCAUUGAAAACAAAAACAACAGCAGUAGUAAGCAAAAGAGCACUUCGUUCGGCAUAGAGUACGUUGGCUGGCUGACUGGUUGCUCGUUUAGCGGCGCGUUGACGCGUUCACUGUUUGUUCGCGCUUCUGCUCGCGUGCUCGUGCGAAUCUACUAUGUGUACGCUGGCGAGUGUUUAACGCGUUGCGCAUACAUUUUGAUCGCUCGCUCGUUCAUCAUCGACAACCAACCAACUAACUAACAACUAAGCGAAAAACACAGCCAAUGCCGUCGCUGUUUUCUGCGUUCGAUUUUAUUGCAGUCUUCGCGGUGCGUUGUGUCUUCGCCCCACACAAUUGAUUAAUUGCUUGACGGGCUGUGUAGUAUUUACCGUUCGGCCGGGUGAAAGUGAAAUUCUAAUUGUCAUUUGCGCACGAAUUUAAGCGCUAAAGCUCGACGCUUGCGGUAGUGUGUGUUGCGAGCGCGAAUAUUCUUAAGAAGUGUUGUGGAGAGUACUUGUGUAAUUUAAGAAUUGUGUACUUAAUGGAUGUGUUACAAAAAUAUUUAUUAAAUCAAACAGCUAUUAACUAAUGAAUAUAUCUAUUAAAAAUAAAGUAAUAACAAAACAAAUAAUAGAAGGUAAAACUAAGAUUCUAAAACGGAUUUUAAAAAACAUAAAAAAAGUUAAUUUUGAACCAAAAAAAAUUGUUAAAAAAAUAAGACGUUCAAAAAUAUUGUGAAUCUUAAGAAAGUACGAAAAUUAAUAAAUAUUUGUGAAAAUUAAAUAAAAUCUUGGAAACGUUGGAGGCUAUCCCACAAAAAAUAAAUAAUUGCUAUAGCUUGUUUCUAACUGCUAUAUUUAAAAAAAAAUAAUCCGUUAAAAUUAUAUAUUAUGAAAUUAUAAAUAAAAAUUUAAAAAUAUACAGUGAAAAUUAAAUCUGUAGUGCAUAUAUGAAAAAUCAACUGGAUAUUUUCAUUUGUCAAAACAAAACACGCUCUCAAAAAUAUUGUUAUCGUGCAGAGAAGUGCAUUUCUUCAAGAGUUUUGCCUUAUUUAUGCAGCAACAAUCCAACAACUUUAGUCAAACUACAACAAGGAAAAGAUGAACCAGCUGUGCAAAGUGUGCGGUGAGCCUGCGGCUGGUUUUCAUUUCGGCGCAUUCACAUGUGAAGGUUGCAAGUCCUUCUUCGGCCGCACCUACAACAAUAUAUCCGCCAUAGCUGGUUGCAAAAACAAUGGCGACUGCGUAAUCAAUAAGAAGAAUCGUACCGCCUGCAAAGCGUGUCGUCUGCGCAAGUGUCUGCUCGUGGGCAUGUCGAAGAGCGGCUCACGCUAUGGUCGUCGUUCGAAUUGGUUUAAAAUACACUGUUUGCUGCAAGAGCAGCAGAGUGUGCCAGGCAAUGGACCAGGCGGCGGCGGUGGUGGUGGUCCAGGUGGCGGUGGCAGCAUAGGUGACAAUAACGCCAGCAGAGCGAGCUUCGAACAGUUGGCGCGUUUACAUCAGCUGCAAGCGCGUCAAACGUAUCAAGAUAAAACGAAUCCCUGCAUCAAAUCGGCCAGCAUUUCACCAACUGCGCUGGCGUUGAGCGCUGCAGCAGCAGCGGCGGUCGCCGCGAACAGCAGAAGCUCACCACAACCACCACCAUCGCAACACAAUUUACUCAGCCCGGCGGCGAAAUUUCUUAAUGGCGUCGCGGAUAGUGGGCGGCAACACGCGCAUCAGCAGCACCAAUUGCAACAGCAACAACAACAAGCGGCGCAACAACAACUGCAACACAGCGCGCAGCACCACCCUCACCUGCAUCACUUACCCCCGUUCGGUUAUGGUGGCAAAGCUGAGACGCGCCUUAGUGAAACACCCAGCGAUUCGGGCGCCUCAUCUGCUGGCGAUGCGGCGGAUGACGCGCACAGUAGCGUUUCAGGGCGUCAGGAGCGCAAUUGUAAUUCCGCGCAGCAUCUAGCCGCUCUGACUUACGAUGACCUCGAAGAGGCUGAGGCGCGUGAACGGCGUCACCAGCAACUGCUGCAAAUUUAUCGCUCACACUCAGAACCGCUGCGCAGUCCCUUUGCACACUUCGCACUACCGCCGCACAUAUCACCGCUGGCCGCACCACCCGGCACACUACUUGCCGCCAACAAUAUUGCCGGCAGUCCACCUGCUCACCUCAUGCCCGCUGCUUUGAAGGAGGAAAUCAAGCGUCUCAGCGAAGCGGCAACUGCGGCCGCGGCGUCUGCUGCGGUAAUUGAUUGCACGUCCGCCAGCGAUGCGCAAGAGGAGCCCAUAGACUUGUCAUUGAAGGGACGCAAAAUCGAACGACGCUUGGCGGCGGCAGCGCGUUCUAGCUAUGAGCAGCAGAAUUCUCUCGCGUCUACAACACCACCGCCCUCCGCCGCGUCACCAACAGCGUUGAGUUCGGAGGCGCGCAUGGCGCUGUCACAUGCUGUGAUACACAAGCCAACUCCGUUGGACUUGACUGCGGUGCGCUCACAGACGCUAACGGGAUAAAGCGCGCACGAAGCGCAUGUUGUUGGAAUUAUUCGUAAUUUAUGUUUCUUGUUAUUUCUAGCCUCUAUUUAUUAAAUAGUGACAACGAAUCGUUAAAGCUCAUUGAAGUAUCAGUCUUAGCUGCUCUAGUCACUCAACUCUCCUUUGGACUAGGCAUACUUUUAGGCGGUCUACUAUUUCUUUCGCUUUUUUCAUUCACCUUAGCUAGUUCGUUUUAUAAUUCUCAAUAAUUUAGAAAAAGGAGCGAAAUUUGCUAUUAAAUCUUGUGUAGAAUAUUAAAAAAAUUUAAUUUUCAAAAUAAAAUGCAAUUUAUUACGUUUAGUGAGCUUUGACUGUAGUUUAGGAAUUUAUAUAGAAUAUAUAUAAUAUUUCGAAAUAAAAUUUAUGCUGAAAAAUUGUGAAUUUAAAUUAUUUAUGGAAAUAUGUUUAUCUAAAAUGAAUUUUUCAUUUUAAGGCUCAAAAUCAUUAUAUUUUUGUAUGUAUUGUGUAUAAAUAUUUACUUCAAAUUAAUAUUGUAUAUAUACAAGUGGCCAAGAUAGACCUGAGAAUUCCCUUGUGCCAUAAUAAAACACAACAGAAACUAGUGAAAUAUAUAUGGAAAAUUUGGUGCCAAUUUAUGUACAAAAAAUAAUUAAAAUAAAUUACAAAUGCAUUAUUAAAUAUUUGCACAAAAAAUUUACAGGAAAUUUAAAGUAAAAUAAUAAUUUUAACUUUUUAGCCCUUCAGUUAGCAACAUAAUUCACAAAAAGGUCAACCAGACCUCAAUUACAUAACAAAGGGUUAAUACUUAUUUAUUUUUUCUGAACAAAAGCUGUACUUAUUGCAAAUUUCUAACAAUUAACAGUCACUUCUAAAUAUUAAGUGUAUAUAAAAUAGUUAAUUUUCUUACACUAAAAAGUUUUUGAUAGAAUAAAAAAUAUUAUUCUUAUUCAAACAUAUUUUCUAAAUAAGUAUUAAUAGCAUAAAAUAGAAGAAUAAUAAUUUAGCUAAUUUUGUUUUGUAUACGCAAAUGUUUAUAUAUAGUUUACCUUAAUUUCAUUAAGUAGUUUAAUUUAUGCAACGGAAUUGUUGUCGCUAAAAUAAUUUUACUUAUUUUUUUAUAAUUUCCAGUAAUACUGUUAAUUUUCUACUGU